GGUCGCAAAAGUGCCAAAAUAGCCUACAAACGAAUGCCAUUUUUAAGAGAACGCUUUAACAAUGUGGCAGAAAAUAUAAAAAAGCGCGCGAAGGGGUUCAUUUGGCUCAUGGGAAACAGUUCAUCCCGUUACACAUGCAGGCACGUACAUUCAUCCAAUUAGUCAACGCUAAUGUGUUCCUUGGGGUUAACAAGAAGGAGAGUUCUUUGCUUUUUAAGUGUACACUCAGAUUGUGACUCCUUUACGGGCGCAUAAACUCGCGCGAAGGGUAUUGCGAACGCGUGUGCAGGUAAGCACAGGAAACAACUAAACCGAGCAGUUCCUACAUGGUUGAAAAUCGCACAAAAAGUGAGUUUAUUUUUUAGCGGCGUAAUUUAUUCUUUUUGGAUUGACAUAGACACAAUUAUGAACUAACACUGAGGUAAAAAAAAAAAGAGAAACGUCAGUUAUGCCCCCCUAGAAAGACAAGAUGAUACGAAAAAUUGCGGAAAGAGGAAUUAUGAAAAAAAAUGCACACCGGAGUUACUUCCAUUUGGGUAAACACAGUGGGGGGUUCUUCCUCAGUGACAGAAGGUAUGUAAGCUACGAGGGUGGCUUGAAACAGGGGAGGAACCAUUUAGGCAAUGAUCCUUCUGAGGGGAGCAACACCGUUGAUAGCUGCAUUGGCAGCGCACCCCCCGGGGAGGAAAACAAAAUAGUCGUACACCAAAAGUACAAAGUGCAAGUGGCGCUGUGCAUAGACAGAUUCCCCCUGACCUUUGAGCAGGAGGAGUUUGAAAAAGAUUUCGAAGAUUUCAAAGACAAGUGGCUUCAAAAAACGAACAACAAUUUGAAUAUCGACGAGGAAUUUUUACACAUGAAAUAUAAUUUGAGUUCCUUUCACGAUCGGAAAAAGGAAAAUCACAUUGAGAGCGCCAACUUGGAAGAUGAAAUGGGGCACCAAAAAGGAAAAAAAGAUAAAGGUGUUAAUCAUCUGCCAGGUGAAGAAGCGACGUCUGCAGAGAGUGACGACCUCGAGAAUUUGUUUGCCAUAGAAGGUAUACAAAACAUUUUAAGCGAAAAAGAAAAAAAAAAAAAAAAAAAAAACGAUGGAGAUGCGAAUGAGGAAAAAAAAAAAAAACACGAUGAUGAUCAUGAAAGCGAAUAUAACUACACAAGUGUUAUGAGGAAGCCAAAUCAUUUUUUAUACUUAGUGGUGAAAUAUAAAAAAACAAAUAAGUGGAUGUUCCCAUUGAUGGAUUUUAAAAAAAAAUUAACAAUCAGACAAAAUUUACAACACUUAUGUACGGAACAUUUAAAAUGUGAAAUGCCAUUUUUUAUUGGCUACUGCCCUUGUACGUUUGAAAAAAGAAAAUAUAAAAUUCCCCUUUCGUUUAACGAAAUUAUCGGGAGGAAAAUCUUCUACUACAGAGCGCAUUACCUGAACCACGGCGUCAACUUGGAUCUGUCUAACAAUGAGCAUAUAAAUGACUUUGCGUGGCUGUCUCGCUCCGAGCUGAAGGACUUCCUCUCCAGCAGUAAAUACCAAGUCAUAAAGGACGCCCUCCCCCUGACGUGA